GAGAAUAAUGGCAGACGAUGAUGUGAAUGAUAUUGGUUUAUUGAUACGGUGCGCGCUGCAGUCAUUCGAUGAUUUACUUAUAAGAUGCCCUUCAUCAUGGACUGUUUAUCAACUUAAGGAAAAACUUGCUGUUGAUUGCCCAUCCAAACCAAAUACAAAAAGUCAACGUUUGAUUUAUGCUGGGCAUUGUUUGCAUGACGAUCGCACUCUCAAGUCAGUAUUUGAACAUUGGUCAGUAAAUGAUGAAAGUGUUCAUGUCAUACAUCUUGUCUGUCCUCCUAAAAAUUUUGCUGCUUAUGAAAAUGAUUCAGUCCUCAGAAAGCGGAAAACCAGCUCUACACAGUCAAGUUCAGCUUCCAGUAGGUCUGAAACAGCAGCACCAUUAAAUCAAAAUGGUAAUGGUGCAUUCCAGUUUUAUGCGAAUCCUCCUUGGGCAAAUUCUUUUGCUCAAGCAAAUUAUGUCACUCCACAAGCAAUGCUUAAUUCUUCAAAUGCUCACUUCCAAAGUGUGUAUCAAGCAUAUAUGCUUCCACCUCAACUCCUAUUUGAUAGUGUUCAGUCAGAAACAUCUACUCUACCACAGCCACCACAGCAAGUUAAUCAACCUCAGGGAGUAUUUCCUGUUGAACCUAAUUUGGCGGCGGCUCCUGCUGCAGGUGGUUUUGUUCAGCAGGCAAUGGCAGGUGAUGUCGAUGACCAACAACGAGAUUUUCUAGAUGUCAUAUACAAGGCUAUCAGAAUGUGUUUUCUCAUAAUGCUGGUGUAUGUGUAUUCUUCUGCGGAACGAUUUUUUGGAGUCUUGAUAUUCAUUUUGUUGGUCUGGUUCAUACAAGCAAGGCGUGACCGAAAUAAUCGCGAAAGAGCAGAUCGAGAACUUGCUGCUGCUGUUGAUAACUUUCGUCAGCCUCACCCAGCUAAUGAAAACCAAGGAGUAGCUGAAGGUAUGAAUGAAGUAGUCGGAGCAACACUUACUGAGCAAGAACUUCGGGAACCGACCGCAUGGGUAGUUUUUUGGAGCACUUGCUACACGUUUAUUACGACGUUCUUUUCGUCACUUAUCCCGGAUAAUCCAGUGCCUGUUAACAUUAAUUAAUA